AUCACAAACAUUUAAGAAUAUGACAUGAAAAUUCAUCUCCCGAUUCUCACUAUUUGUGGAUGUGAAUUCUAAAUAAGUGAAGUUGAGAUAUACCUUCUCAUCAUUUUGCAACUUAGCCUAAUAGAGUUGUAACAUUUGAGUAAGUGGAGAAAGAUGGUGCUUCAGGCUAUUGAUCUUCUGAAGAAUGAGAUUCCUCUUGAGCAAGAAACUGUAAAUUUAUCUGAAGAUUCUGUGACUGGCCUUGUUCUCGUUGACAUAAUCAAUGGCUUUUGCACUGUUGGUGCUGGAAAUCUGGCUCCAAGAGAGCCCAAUAGGCAAAUUUCUGAGAUGAUAAAGGAGUCAGCAAGGGUGGCAAGACUUUUCUGCGAGAAAAAUUUGCCAAUUAUGGCAUUCUUGGAUUCUCACCAUCCAAACAAACCUGAAGACCCUUAUCCACCUCACUGUAUUGCUGGGACAGACGAAUCAAAUUUGGUACCUGCUUUAACAUGGUUAGAGGAAGAGGGAAAUGUAACGAUUAGACGAAAGGAUUGUUUCGAUGGAUAUUUUGGUUCGAUGGAGGCUGAUGGUUCUAAUGUUUUUGUGGAUUGGGUGAAGCUAAAUCAUAUCAAAACUUUAGUAGUUGUAGGGGUGUGCACAGAUAUAUGUGUGCUAGACUUUGUUUGCUCAACAAUAUCAGCAAGGAACCGUGGUUUUCUUGGUCCUCUUGAGGACGUGGUGGUUUAUUCAAGUGCUUGUGCUACCUUUGAUAUUCCUCCUCAUGAAGUCGCCACAGACGACACCAAACAAGCUUUACCUCAUCCCCAGGAGUUUAUGCAUCAUGUAGGGCUGUACAUGGCCAAAGAAAGAGGGGCCAAGAUAGCAAGUCAAUUGUCCUUCGUUGCAGCUGGAAAGGCAUGAACAAGUAUGUCGGUCAAACAUGACGAGAGUCGUGAGUUAGUAGAACUAGAAGAGUGGGAGAUGACUAGUAGUAGUUAGUGCUAUUAUAGAAUAAAUCAAACAAGAACUAGAAGAAUGGAGUUGGUUAUUUGUAAUACUAGAAUAUAUCAAGAUAUUUAUGUAGAUUGGUGCUUUUAGUUUGUUUGAUAUCAUAUGAAAAAAUAAAAAAUAAAAUAAAAAAGAAUGAAGUGUUUAUGUUUGCUAAA